AACUAUUUUCACAGUUGCCUGUUUUAUGAGCUCUCUACCACAUGCCUUAUCAACCACUAUCUUUACUUUGUCUCACAGGAAUCCCCACAUGACUUAUCAUCAGUUGCAUGUUUUCUGAAGCUUUAAAUGGUGGACAAGCACAGAGAGUAAGGCAAUGAUGAAUCCAUUUUCCUUGUGUUGUUUUUACUUGAGCUUUCAUUUUCAAGCUUGGGAAAGGUGGGGUAAAUUAUAUCUAGGGAGGAUUAUAGGAGGGUGAAUGUAUUAAUGUUUAUGUAGAUUUUACAACCAUGGCUUUUUAAUUUGAUCAUUGGUUUCAUCGAAUUCUUUAUUUUUGAUAAAGACCCAUUUGACCACUGUUCAUGUUCAGUUAACUUCAAUCAGCUGUGGUUCCACCGCCAUUUAAUUUCACCACAUCAUCUGCUGUUUCCAUGUCCCUGUAAUCAAUGCCGAUUAUCUUCAAACUCGGGGGGUUUGAUGCAUGGUCAAUUUGUUUUUGAGUCCGAAUCCCUCAAUUUACUGCAAACAAUCUUCCAGAGAAAACUACAAGAUUUGCUCUUUUAAAUUAGCCUGCUGGCCCCCGCUUUCUUGUGUGUUUUUUCUUUAACUCAUUUCUCUGUUUGAAGCCUCGUUUGAGGCCAAUGUGUGAAGUGGGUUCUGAGGAUACAGUGGGUACUCAAUAAAACUGGUGGAGUUCUUCAAUCUGAGGGUGGUGUUUUGUCUCUGGAAGUGGGCGAUCUUCUUUUCUGCAUUUCUGAUGAUUCCUAUGGAGUUGAAGAAGCUUGGAAAUGGGAACGGUGCUGUUGGGCCUGCAUUUGAGUGGAAAAAAAUGGCUGCUGUUGCCAGGAACAGAAGAGCAACUCUGUUUGCAAGCGGUUUUGCAAUCACUCUUUUUGUUUGUACACUUUUUUUGGCCUUGAGCGGUCCGAAUAAGCUGGUCACAAAUCCAAUGGAUCAAGGACAGUCUUGGUUUCCUUCCAUGCUUCGCAAUUCUUCUGGCUCUAGGUCAUUUCUUAAUUUCUUUUUUUCCAAUUCAGAUUCUUCUGUCAAAGGCGACAAUUCUACUCAAGAUCCACAAAAUAGUCAUCAAUCUGUGGUGGAUAACAGUAAGGAUGGCUUGAAAAACAAUGGCACAGACAGUCCCCAAGGAUUGCCGCUCUAUGGCGGUGUGCCCUCAAAUUCUACAGACGCGGAUUUGGUACAGGAACAUGAACCCAUGGUACCUGAAGAUGGCUUGAAUAUCAGGGACGCGGAAACAAAUAGUACACACGAAAUACCAUUCAAUGGUUCUGUGCCAAUUGCAGAUACGCUAAGCAUUCCACCAAAAAAUAAUGAAUCUAUGGUGGACAGAUCGAAGGGAAUGCCUGAGCACAAGGAUACAAACAGUACAAAAGAACCCACAUUGAAUGGUUCUGUGCCAAUUGAUUCCAGACAUCCAGAUGCGGUCAAUGUGACAUCUUCCUCUGCUUCUACACAAAGAAAACCAUUUGAUAUGGUUUCUAGUAAUAGUACGGUAACACCUGAUUUGAGUUCCAACAUUACAGAAUCUAAGGGUGCCAAGGUCCCUGAUGGAUUAAACAUUACAGAUACUAGGGAUUUGAAGCCCUCUAAUGUGCCAUCAGGAACAGCAGAGAAGAAAUGUAAUAUAUUUUCUGGAAGGUGGGUUCCUGAUGAUACAAAGCCUCUGUAUCCUGCAGGUUCUUGUCCACACAUAGAUGAAUCCUUCAAUUGUUUCCGCAACAGGCGACCUGAUCAUGAGUUUGAGAAAUGGAGAUGGCAGCCAAAUGACUGUGACAUACCAAGAUUCAAUGCAACGGAUAUGCUGGAGAGAUUGCGAGGUAAAAGGCUUUCUUUCGUGGGGGAUUCUUUAAACAGGAACAUGUGGGAAUCCAUGGUUUGUAGCCUGCGGCAUGCUGUGGCAAACAAGAGCAGAGUCUAUGAAAUAUCUGGAAGAAAACAAUUUCGGGCUGAGGGCUUCUAUGCAUUUCGGUACGAGGAUUACAACUGUUCUGUAGAAUUUAUAAGAGCUCCCUUUCUGGUUCGAGAAUGGGAGGUGGAUGAGGGAAAUGGGACAAAGAAGGAGACGCUUAGGCUGGAUUUGAUGGAUACCUCUACCUCAAAGUAUAGGAAAUCAGAUAUUAUUGUAUUCAAUACAGGCCACUGGUGGACUCAUGAAAAAACUUCCAAAGGGAAGGACUACUACCAAGAAGGAGACCAUGUCUAUCCAGACCUUAAAGUACUGGAAGCGUACAGAAAAGCUCUCAAGACAUGGGCCAAAUGGGUAGACAAAAAGAUCAAUCCCAAUCGGACACAAGUUUUCUUUCGAGGUUACUCAGCCACUCAUUUCAGUGGAGGGCAAUGGAAUUCAGGAGGGCAGUGCCAUAAAGAAUCUGAACCAAUAUACAAUGACACUUAUCUUACAAAGUACAAUCCAAAGAUGGAAGUACUAGAAUCUGUGAUACAGGAAAUGAAAGUCCCUGUUAUGUACCUGAACAUCACAAGAAUGACAGACUAUAGGAAAGAUGCCCAUCCUUCUAUAUAUAGGAAACAAUUCCCCUCCCAAGAGGAGAGAAUUCAAGAAGUAAGGUAUCAAGAUUGCAGUCACUGGUGUUUGCCUGGGGUCCCUGAUACAUGGAAUGAGCUCUUGUAUGCUUCAUUGUUGAUGGCAGGCAGAGGAGUAUGGGCAACAUGAUGACUAACUACAAAAAAUAUCAAUUUUACACCAAAAAUCCUAAUAAUAUGCAAGCAUGCUUAUUUAAUCAGCAAGUAAAACAGAACGAAGUUCAGCCUCUUGUUGGAGUAUUUAUGGUGGGCACGGUUUGUUUCUCUCGAAUUUUUUUCAUGGACAAGCAUGUCAUGGCCAGAUGAGGAAGAGGCUCAGUUAUUGUUCAAUAUUAAAUGCAGUUGGGGUGCAUAUGCAUAGCCUUUUGUUAUUAAUAUAUUCUUUAAGCCUGUUGGCUGGCACCUGAAUGCUACAUUACAACUUUAGAAUGGUUUGUUCCAUCAACAGAGGCCCAUUAUUGGUGAAAUAAGAUUUUGAUAUGGGUUUUAUAUUGUACAGAACUUCCCAUAAUAGUCUUCAAAAAAUCAGCAUCUUUUUUA